UCAUUUUUCGUAAGACGCAUGCCUCAUUAUGACGUAAUUAUGUGCUUUAUAUUUAACGUGAAAAAAUUAAAUAAAUUCAUUUUUAGAAUAGGUAUGCAAUUUUUUUACACUGGUAAAUCGGCGAAAACUAGAGCGAUAUAAUGCAACCGCAUAUACCAGGCUUGGAACUUUCCAAGAAGUAUUCGUUUGCCGAUCGACGAUUAUCUGCUUAUAUAGAGGCUAGCUCUUCUCAACAGGAAAAUCCAGCAAAAAAGUUGGUAUCGUUCGGAACAACGUUGAACAGGGGAUUAUUCCCACAUGUUCACGCACCGGAUAGAACAGGGAACGAAAUUUAUCCAUUGCGAGGUGCGCCACACAGGGGCCCAGGAUGUUACAACAACGCUGAGGUCAGUAGUUUUACCUACAACCUCGGCCAAUGGAUAUGUAGUUCACGUGGAUAUUCUUGUGGAGCGAGGACAAAUCCGAGAUUCCGAAAAGUGCACGAACUUGUCACUCCCAGCCCAUCUUUUUACCAAACUGACUGGACGAAAUUCAAAUGUCCCGCCGCUGCAUACAAACCAUUUGAAACAUCAGCUAUGAGAUUCAAAGAACCUAUACUUGAUCCAAUGAUAACACCAGGGCCAGGAAUUUACGAACACAAUGUACCCAGGAAUAGGCGGGUUGAAUGGCCUCAGCAGUUCGGUGCUCCGAUCAAGCCCAUUCAACCAGACUCUAAAAAACGGACUUUGAGAAUCGAACUACUGAGUGACAAGGAGUUUAGGAAGUACCGAAACAGAGUUGCUUAUUUCAAAAUGUAUUUCGACUAAUUUCAAUUAUUUAUUUCGAUUAUUUAUUCAUUUGAACUACUUGUUUUCAUUUGAAUAUCUCUAGAUGUGUAAUAGGGCACACAUAAAAGGGGUCCAUACUUCAAUUAAUCAAUUCCGGUCUCCCGCGCUUAUCAGUUUCACCGCGUUGUAAACAAAAGUGUGUCCACAACCACAAGUAAUAGGAUUUUCUAUUAUCUAGUACAGCGUAAAUAGGCUCGCGGGCAUAAUAGCAUUCAGUAAUUUUUUAGUAGGAAAUAACGGAAAUUCGAUAAUAAUUAGGUUUCAGUGUUCUACAUGUUUAUUGUACCAGGCUUGAGUUGAGUUGAUAAAAAUGGGUGUCGACGUA